AUGUCGAUCGUUAUUAAUAAAAAUCAAAUCUCAUCAAAUUGGAAAAAUUUAGCUACAACACUACCAGUUGGUGAAGCUAAGAGAAAAAAAAUUGAAAUGGCAGAAAAUACAGUACGACCGCCAAAAUUAACAAAAGCCGUAUGUAUCGAUUGUGAAAUGGUUGGUAUUGGUGAGAUGGGUCUUGAAAAUAUGCUUGCUCGUGUAUCAAUUGUUAAUCAACUUGGUCAAUGUCUUUAUGAUAAAUACGUUAAACCUACAGAACCUGUGAUUGAUUAUCGAACAUCUGUUAGUGGAGUUACAGAACAACAUCUUCAAAAUGGAGUUCCUCUUGAUGUGAUACAAAAAGAAGUGUCAGAUAUAAUUGAACACCGAACACUUGUCGGCCACGCUAUACAUAAUGAUCUUAAAGUUUUAUUUUUAAGUCAUCCGAAAAAACGAAUUCGAGAUACACAACGCUAUAAAGGCUUUCGAUCGUUAUUUAAUGGUGGUUUACCUUCAUUGAAAGCACUUGCUGAUAAAAUACUUGGAUUAAAAAUUCAAACCGGUGCACAUGAUUCAGUAGAAGAUGCUGCAGUAACAAUGCAAUUGUAUGUGAGACAUCGUCGUGAAUGGGAAAAAUCUUUACGUGAAAAAAAAUUUAUGACAAGUGAAGAAAAACAUAAAAGAAUACGUGCUCGUCAAAAAGAGAAAAUAUUAAAAAAUUCUUCUUCCUCUCAUGUUAAAAAAAGCAAUAAUUUAAUAUGA